CGCGACCAUGGCUGGCGGCGGAGGCAAACCACAGAACAUCUUCAAGCUCAACCGUGGCGAUGACCCCAAAGAAGUGCUGAAUUGGAGACUAUGGUUUGCUGUUCUUUCAUUCGGCAUCAUGGGAGCGGCUAGAGGAAUCGAUGAAGGUCUCAUAUCUGGAACAUUGGCCAAGUCACACUUUGCGCAUAAACUGGGACUGGAUAAGAUGAGCACGACCGAGCUUGCAAACGUCAAGGGAAAUAUCUCGGCCAUGGUGCAAAUUGGAAGUGUUGGAGGAGCUGCUUUAGCCUUCAUACUUUGUGAUCGCAUCGGUCGUCUUUGGGCUACACGACAACUCUGUCUUAUCUGGAUACUCGGCAUUGUCAUCUUUUUGACAAACGGUGGCCGCCUCGGCCAAGUUUAUGCCGGCCGCUUCAUCGCCGGACUGGGCAUUGGCCAAACAACAGUCGUUGCUCCUGUCUACCUAUCAGAGAUUGCACCAAAGUCUGUGCGAGGUCUCUGCACGUGCGCCUUCUCCGGUGCUGUGUACAUUGGGAUUAUGCUUGCAUACUUCGCAUCAUGGGGAAGUGAACUUCACAUCCGAAAAGGCACUUCAACUCAAUGGGUCGUUCCAACCACCAUCCACGUCAUGUUUGCGGGCCUGAUCCUUAUCCUCUCCUUCUUUAACUACGAAUCCCCUCGCUACCUUGUCAAAAUUGGCCAAGACGACAAAGCAACCGCCAACCUGGCACGAGUCCGUGGACUCUCCGUAGACGAUCACCAUGUUAUCAAGGAAAUCUCCGAAAUCCAACAGCAACUCCACGAAGAACAGGAAGCCACUCUCGGCCAAGGGGCACAAAGCAUCACCAUCUACGCCCCAGAAUUUUUCGCUAUGCUUGGAACCAAAGGUCAGAAUGAGAAACUCUUUGCCACCGCCAUCUUUGGAGUCGUGAAGUUCGUCGCAGCCAUCAUCUGCGCCCUCUUCCUCGUCGACGUGAUCGGUCGGAAACGCUCUCUGGGUAUCGGCAUCGGUCUUCAGGCUUUCUCAAUGUGCUAUAUUGCCGCCUACCUCACCGCCGUUCCGGAACUACUUGAAGGGGAGAUAUUCACACCUUCCCAGAAAUCUGCGAGCACAGCUGCCAUCGUAAUGAUCUACAUUUCCGGCUUCGGAUGGGCCAUGGGCUGGAACAGCAUGCAGUAUCUCUUGAACGCCGAAAUCUACCCGCUGCGCAUCCGAGCCAUUUCUAGUAGCAUGGUCAUGUGUUUCCAUUUUGUCAAUCAGUAUGGGAAUAGCCGUGCGGUGCCUAAUAUGCUGUUGAGUAAGUCAGCAGGUGGUUUAGGACAUGCUGGGACAUUUUGGUUCUUUACGGUCAUCACGCUGAUUGGUGGGGCUUGGGCUUGGUUCUUUAUUCCUGAGACGGCUGGCAGGAAUUUGGAGGGCAUGGAUAGGCUGUUCAUGUUGAGGUGGUGGCAGAUUGGGAGAUUUGGUGAGAGGGAUGCAGAUGAGAGGGUUGUUGCUGAGGAGAAAUUGGAGGAGGAGAAGGUUGUGGAAAUGGGGACUGCGCAGCAGGUUGAGAGAGUGUAA